AUCGAUUUUUGUUCCAGCUCUAGACAAGUUUUUUUAUAAAUAAAAUAGCUCUAGAAAUACAAUAUUUAUACAAAAUAAUUGUAUGUAAUCCAAUUAUAUAAACUUGCCGUUAAAAUGAGUUGUUUUCGUGUACCUUUCUUCAGAAGCAAACCUGUUUGGGACCUAAUUUAAACAUCAAGUGAAAAAUAUGGAGCAAGACACACACUGGUAUGUGACCAGACGGAUAUAGCUGAAACUACUCAUCAUAUUUGUAUGACUCAGCUUUUGUACAGAUUAGGGCAUUUAGCAAGCUAUCAAGAAUAUAAACAAAAAGAAAAAAAUUGGUAUCGGAAUGCAAGAACAGUUUAAAGAGCUACGCCUUACUGUGUGGUCAAAGUCACAGAUUCAACAUAGUAAUCAAAGGUGCAGUAUGGUGGCAUGUAAAAAACGCUUAACUUCCACUAAAGAGCUUGACGACUCACAGCAACCACUCUUGUUAGCCCUCUCAAAUUACAAAACGCGUCACCAGCAGAAGCAUCAUAAAAUUCACCUAAACUCUGGAAGCCCGUUAAACAUCGAGCUGUAUAUGUCAGCGAAUGUUGAGGGUAUUCCUAGAGCUCGAAAUCGGGCACCAGCUACUACGAAUAAUCAACAACCAGCUAUGCAUCGAAAGACUAAAAGCAAAAGCAAGCUUGAAACAUCAAAAAACUUUUUCACGCUACAUUCAUCAAAUGAUAGUGAUAAAUAUCCAUCCGCAGAGAAAUCAUCGGCAUUAGUGGAAACAGUUGAAAAAUGUAAAGGAACUUCUUCGGGAAUAGGAGUAAAGACUUCGCAGCAUUUCCAAAUUACAAAAAACCAGAGCUACCGCAACAGCAGGAUUAAAAACAGAACCCGCUCCUAUUCUGCUUCUCCAACCCCAGCGGUGAGAUGCAAAAUGAUGAUUCCAUUGCCAACGUUUGGCGCAACAUCUUUUGUUACUCUGCUGACUUUAAUUUGUAUGGAAACGGUUUUGCUAUCAACCAUGUCUAGUUGCGCCAAAACGUUCUACAUGCAUUGGAAUACAUCGAACAGCAUAUUUCGGAUUGAUAAUACCGAUCAUAUAAUCGAUGUUAAUAAAGGCAAUCUUGCAUUUGAGUUUGACCAGGUUCAUAUAAUAUGCCCAGUUUAUGAACCGGGAACUUUUGAAAAUGAAACCGAGAAAUAUAUAAUUUACAAUGUGUCUAAAGUGGAGUAUGAAACAUGUCGCAUAACAAAUGCAGAUCCGCGAGUAAUAGCUAUAUGUGAUAAACCUCAGAAAUUAAUGUUUUUUACAAUAACUUUCCGGCCAUUUACACCGCAGCCAGGUGGCUUGGAGUUCCUACCUGGAAAUGAUUAUUACUUCAUUUCAACUUCAUCUAGGGAUGAUUUAUAUCGGCGUAUUGGAGGUCGAUGCUCCACAAACAACAUGAAAGUAGUUUUCAAAGUUUGUUGCGCCGCCGAAGAAAAGAACAAAACCACUGCGAUAAGCAAAUCUAUAUCAGGUGCAGACACUGGAGGAGCCAUAAAUGUCAAUAUAGCAGCUAAUGAUGACAGUCAUGAUCAUAGCCAAGGCAAUAAUAACAUUGCUAUUGGAACCAGUAUUGGUAUAAAUGGAGGCAUAAUUUCUGGAGGACAUCAGUCCGCGGGAAUGCCAAUCAAUCCAAUUAACGGCAAUGCUAACAUAAAUGGCAUAGCAACUACUGUUAAUUCAAACACUGAUCAGUUUAACCGGAUACCACUUCAACCAAACGUAAUCGGAAGCAAUGCAGGUACCAACGCCGCUAUUCCUGGAGUUGUUAAUGGUGGAGGCAUUAUUUUAACUCCUGGACAUGGUCAUGGAAACAUUAAUAUGCUACAACCAGGACGCGGCGGAAUGAAUAUGGCUUACCCCGGACAUCACCACAUUCAAACUGGGAUCAGAAUAAACAAUGUCCCGACGCAGCACAGCUACCCACCUCACAAGGGUAAUGUUAACAGCAAUACGAACGGAAAUGAUGACCACCACCAUUACAACAAACAUCCCAACGAGGUUGUAAAGAACGAAGAGCUAACAUACAAUAGAGGCACAGCACAAGCAGCAAAACACGUUCUCGCCUUAUGGAACUGGAUCUUGCCAUCUUUUCCAAUGCCAUCAGUUCCAUCUUGCUGUUUGUUUGCGUAUGGGAUAAACUCAUCUUUAGUAUUAAGCAUUGUCGCGAUUCUCGGUAUCCACUACCUAGCGGGAAACAUGUUACAAACCACGUGUCAGCGGUAUAGACCUGGAAUUAGAGAAUUGCCUCCAGGAUGUAACUAUGGCUUGUUUGACCAGUAAAUUUUAAAUGAACAUCAGCUUUUGUAUGGCCCUACUCAGCAUUUAUGUUUUAACAAUUCCACAGUCUUUAACUUUUGUCACUUUUCAUUGAACUACGGUAUAUUGACAGUGAUAAAAAGUAGUGGUUUGGAAAGGUUGGUAGAAUCAGUCCAUAUGCUUACUGAUAUUGAUUUGGAAAUUAUUGUAAUUGAUCGAGUUAGUCUAACUCAAAAUUUAAUAUAAUAGAUCAGAUAGAAAGGAGAAAGGUGAAAUAGAUUUAAUAAGUAAAACAAUUAAAUAUAUCAAGUAAAUUAACAAUUAGAAAUAGUGGUCUUGAUAUAACUGAUACCGCAUAAGAAUAGAAGGAGGAUAGUGGAAUGUUAUUGCAAAACAGAUCAGAUGCAAUCCAAAAGCCAAGGUAUAAAAAGCACUAUCUAUUUUGCCAUGAAGUGCCUAGCCACUAUGUCUACUGUCCUCCUUUAGAUUGUUUCCUGGUUUUCUUAAAUCAAUAAUUUGGGUAUACAAGGAAUGUAAUGUAUACCGACCUGCAGCAAUCAUAAAGCGAUGAAGCGAUUAUCAAAUCUUUACAGCUAUAGCUAUAGAUGACUGAGUGAAUGUCAGUUUAAAUGAUCAUUCCGAAAAUCUCUUGUCUUGUCUAGGGACACACUGGAACAAAUGACCAUAAAUAUGAAAAAAUAUUUUACAAAGAGAGUUGCAUGCCUUCGGAAUGGCUUAGGUGGAAUACAAUUUUCCUUGUCACAGGAAAUCUAAUAACCCAAAAAUGUUGGAAAAAGCCACAUACUUAAUAUUAUUAAGUUCUCGUGCAAGACCCUGUACGAAGAAUACUUCGACUGAAAUUAAAAAAAUUUAUUAGCAUCGCUUAUUAAAAAGCACGUAGUAAGAUAGGUAUAAGCUAUUUAAAUACAGUAUAAUGCAGAUGGCAAAUGACUACGCAUAUGUAAAUGUAAUCGUAUAAGAUCAAAGGAAACUGAUGUAUGUAUGUUUAGUAUGCAUUGAUGUAUAUUUAAAAUCGUGGUAGGUAUUUUAAAUAUGGUAAAGGUGAAAUUCAAAGAACUCAACUAUAAGUUUUAUGUUCUUUUUUGUUUUGUUUUUAUUUGAUAUUUCUUUUAAAAUGAUACCAUUUUAUUUUGUAAAUGAACCAAGCAGUAUAGAGAAGUGAUUCUUAACAUUAAUAAAAUAUAUAUGUAUAUAUAUGCAAAAUACACAUAAUUACUUAUAUACAAGAAAUGUUUAGGUGAAACGUUAUAAACUUUGUAAAUUUAAUAUAAAUUAACUUGCAAUUAAAACAGAAAAAUUAAAAAAGUGGAUGACUUGAAAAUCGUAUAAUAUAUAAAAAAUAUAUUGGGGCACUUGUGCUACCUUUGUGAAAAUAAAAAGGUUAAAAUUUGUAUACAUAGUCUAUAUAUAGUGAAUAAUUUAAUAUAUUAUAUCGUGAUUAUGUAAGCGUGGGUAUAAUUUAAUCCGAUAAACAUGUGUUGAAGCUGUCGGAAAAAAAAAAUUUUGUCUCAGCGAGUUAACUAUUUACAAAUUAUAAUUGAAGACACAGUAAACAGACUUCAUCCAGUAUUUCAUCGUAGGAGCGUAAUCUAAAAUUUUGAUUUCUCUGCGACUAAACUAAAAAAUUGUGUUUAGUGUAAGCUUUCAAUUUUCUCAUGAUUGGCGUUAUUUAACAUUUACUUGUGCAAUUCAGCCUUAAACAAUUACAAAUCUUUCAAUUUCCAGACACUUUGAGCUCUGGGUGAAUUGUAUUCUUGUACUGCCACAGCAAACCUGAACACUAAACCGAAUUUAUUACGAUCCAAAGGUAUAAGCCGAAACCUAGAUUCAGUCCCGUUCUAUGAGUAAAUACCUUAAAAAUAUGCAUCGCUCUACUUAGGCCUGACUUUCUGUCAAUGUGUUGAUUGCUUAUAAAGAUACAAAGCAUUUUUUAUAUUUUAUAACUUUACAAGCUGUUUUAACUUUGACAGGAUAAUGAAUACGGACCGUACUGUUACUUAAUCAAUUACUUAAUAUCAUACUUACAAGCAACAUUACAUACUACAUACCAACAUACAUAGAUUCAUACAAUAGAACCGUAACUAACUACAUAAUAAGACAAAAGUCAAAAUAACAUAAUGAAUCGCUAGGAUAACACAUAUUCAUACAGCACACAUAACAUACAUACAGUUUUAUAUAUGAGCAGCUCACAAUUCUGAUAGCAUUCGGCCGCGAUGUCUGCGACAGCAAACAGAGUAGCAAAUGUCUACUAAGUUCACCAUAAUUCACCUACAGUCAUCCUCGUCCUGAACAAUGCUUUCUUUUCCACGCAAAACACAUAAUGAUAAAGGCAUACAGUAUGUUUCCAUUAUCAACAAACUUUCUCUGAUAGUUACCUUAAAAAUUUUUUUUAAAAGUGCACUCUGAUUUUUUUUGUAAACGGUCUAUGCGCAAGAAAUGUUUUAAUGUAUUCAUGAUAAUUUAGUUUAAAAUUUCUUACUUAUAACUGAACGUUUUUAUUUAAAAUGUUUGACUUCUAAAAAUUAAAACAUUGAAAUACAGAGUUUGACGGCGCUUAAUCGUCUGCAAAGAGCAUUACUUUUCAACUCUCAUUUUAUAUUUUAGAAUACAAUGACGAUGCACAAAAUAACUGUAAACAUAUUGCUUAAAACCAUAAAAGACCGAUCGAUCAAUGUAUAUUAUUUGAUAUGAUUGAAUUCAUGCUACUAUGCAUUUUCUAUGUUACACAGAGAAGAGUAUAAUGUAGUUUUUAAUAUUAGCUCAGCAUAUUUAUCUACUUAUACUGUCUAAGAAGUAACAUAAGCAAGUGCAUAUGACAAAAUCUUUGUAUGAGUAUAACGGAUAGCCAAGCAGCAAGUAAUAAUGGAGAUGUGGCAUGAAGAUGAUAAAGUGUAUUAAUGAAAAUAAAAGAAUUUUGAAUUUACAUUUAAUUUUAA